AAAUAAUGGGUUUUCUGACCUUUCGCUAGUCAUUGUAGAGAUUGAAUUCGACGAGAACUUCGCUUUUGCGAAACGCAGAAACGCAAGGGCGGUUUUGCUCUUCGUUGUUCACAAGUUCAAAACUCGCCAGAGAUCAUUUUGCAGCACAAUGACGAAGUAGUUCCACCAAUUUGCUCAUCACUGACAAAAAGAGUUCCACAGUGAUGCGUUGCAUCUUUCUUGGUUGAUCCUUCGCUCAAAAAAAGGAUCCUAGUCCUUGAAGUUCUGUGAUCUGAUUUGGUUGAUGCGAAGAUAAUUAAAGGAUGGGUCCCAGAUGAUGAAACAAAUCCGUUCGCGCGGUUUUUGAUGUUCCUCUUUCUACCCACGUUUCUUCCUUACCCCACAGCGACAUUAGCGACAUCUCUCAGAAUUAGUGAAGUCAAAAUAUCAAAGAGAAAACUGCGUUUCCAGACGUUAGAAUGAGUUUCUUCAAGCUUUGAUUACAGAGAAAAGAUUCACAUAGAACCCUAUAGCGACGCCCACGACAAUGGCCGGCAUUUUCGGCAACACCGCGAACACCGGCGGCGGGGGCUUGUUUGGGGGCGCCUCCAACUCGCAGCCCCCAAAGCCAGCUGGCGGCGGACUGUUCGGUAACAGUACCAGUAGCACUUCUGGUGGCGGACUGUUUGGCGGCGGCGCGCAGCAACAACCGCAACAGCCAGCUCAAGGUGGCGGUUUGUUUGGAAGCACCACUAAUACGCAGCAGCCAGCGGGUGGUGGGUUGUUUGGCAACACAGCAGCGGCACCGUCGCAGCCAGCGGGCGGUGGCUUGUUUGGUAACGCGACCAGUGCCGCACCCUUCGGAAGCACAUUACAACCAGGGGUCCACCCGAUGGGCCUUGUUGGAAAUAACGCAGCUGCCCAGCAACCCGCGCAGAAUGCAGGCGGUGGUCUCUUUGGAUCGACAAACAAUGCGGCGCAACCAAGUGGUGGCGGUGGCUUGUUUGGCGGGAACACAGGACAACAGCAAGGUGGUGGUUUAUUCGGGAGCACGAAUAAUGCGAACGGCGCUGCGCCAAACAACGCGAUGUCACAGCAGAGCAACCUGACGCAGCAACAGCUCGCGGCAAAAACAUUGAUGGAACAGGCUGAAAUACAAAAUGUCCAAGACGAAAUCCUCAAACUGGAUAACGACCGCAUGAUGCGAAACGUGGGCUGGACGUACUAAAUACUCUUGUGUGCUUCUGUGGUGGUGGUUUUUCUAACUGUAGUAUCCAUCGUCGAUAGAGUAAGCACGCUAUGUGGCCGCGGCCCCCGAUUGGGGUUGGGCGUGGCUCCUUAAGCGCUAAUAUCUUCUUGUACCAAUUUUUUCCUAUAAUGCAAAUAACUUCGAAACUGGAUUCAGGUACCUCGCCGUCCCCCCAGGCGUGGAUUCGAACGUCCUCCGAGCGGAAAUCGCGAAUUUUUCCCAAUACGACUUCAUAAAACACGGUCCGGAUCCGAACAAGUUUCGCAUGGCGGUGGCCCAGAACCCGUUUGACGUGAGUGUUGCGCUGCCGAAGAGGAUCUUGGAUUUUCCGCAACUGAAAACGCACAUCCAAGAGCAGGAACAGAAGUUGCAGAAGCAAGAGGCGGAGGUAUUUUUGGCUCAUUUUGAUGAAAUUGUCACCUUCCUCUCUAGGUUACAACGUCGAAGCAGCUUUACUACAGACGUGGUGUGUGCGUGUAGUUUUUCUUUUCAAUAGACGUUCGUUCAAACACGAAAACCUAAAAAAAAUCACAGCGCGAAGCCCUGGAGGAGGCGAUUAAGACGCUCCGCACGAACGUGGAGGGAAAGCUCACCGCGCAACUUGAGACUUUGAAGAAGACGCACGUGAAGCUCACCCAGCAGCUCGUAACUAUUCUCACGCAGUUGGAGUCGUCGGCAAUAGCGGUCGGUGCUUGCAGGAGAGACUACGAGCGGGAGAGGGAAUUGACAAACCACUUCACGCAUAUGGAGGCCGAGUUACAGCGCAUCUGCAACCUGGGAGAGCUACAGUAUUAAUGAGUCAUUGUUACGUGAUUUUUGCGAAUCUUUAUAAUUUUGUUAUAAAAUCCUGAAAAAAGGAUUUGUGUAAUUAGGACAAGUAUGGCACAGCAUUCCAUGAGUAAAUCUUCCAAACUGCCAAACAGGUAUGUAGCUCAGGGACUCGCGUUGCAAGACGAAAGCAGCAACCAAGCCACCUUGUCCAAGAAGACCCUCCAAAAGGUAAGCUGAAAAUUAUUUUUUUCCCGAUGAGUUUCUUUUCACGCUGCGACAUCGGGUUUUACGGUGAUGAACAAAUUGAAAUUCACUGCCAUCACCUUCGAAUUAAAUUUUUUCAUUUAACCUUUUCUGAUAUGAUUUCCAGGUCGUAAAUCUGCUCGGGAACCAGACAGAACUGAACGAGGAGUUGCAGAGUUGCCUGCGCGAGAAGCAGCGGGAGUUGCAGGCGAUCCACCAAGCCAUUCGCAUCGCAGCAGAUGAACCCAGGAAGUAAAGCGCAGUUUUCAACAGCUUACUUCCAAGAAGCAACUACUACGCUCCUUCCUCGCAACGAUUGUUCAUGCUCAGUGAACCACGACGACCUAUCUUCAACAAAAAUAAUGAAACAAGAAUAGCACAAGGAAUAAU